AGUUUGGAUAUAUAUUUGCCUCAUCAACAGCCAAACAGCCAACAACAAUCAUUCCAUGAAUUAUUCUGUUUUCUCUUAAAAAACAAAUCCAUUGAUUUUUCCCGCGUUCAAGAAAACUAAAUCAUCCGAAUUCAAUUCCAAUUCUUUUUUCUUCUUCUUCAUCUUCUUCUUCUCCUACGUCCUAAGUGGGUUCUGGUUUGGUGUUAGUAAUGUCUUCGAGUAGCUAUUUACGGAUUGUGGAGAGAGAUCCAACAGGACGAUACGUAAGGUACACAGAAAAAUUAGGAGUAGGCAGUUGGAAAAUAGUUUACAAGGGAUUUGAUCAGGUUAAUGGUAUAGAAAUUGCCUGGAGUCGGAUCGUGAUAACAAGGAGAAUGUCAAAGUGCUUGAAAGACAUUGACAAUUUGUGUGAAGAAGUUUGUCUACUGAAAUGUUUAGAACAUGAGAAUAUUGUGAAAUGCUACCAUUCUUGGAUUGAUUAUCGAACCAAAACCAUCCACAUGAUUACUGAGCUUUUUACUUCAACCAAUUUGGGUCACUUGAUUGACAAGCAUAAGAUUGUAGGUAAUACAGCAAUCAAGAAUUGGUGUAUACAGAUUCUUAAAGGGUUGGCUUAUCUUCACAGUUGUAAUCCUCCAGUUAUUCACCGUGAUCUAAAGUCAUUGAAUAUCUUUAUUAAUGGAAACUCAGGCGUAGUUAAAAUCGGAGAUUUGGGUCUUGCCGUGUUAUUGAAACCAGGGAGUGGUGUUAGUGGUAGUGUUGGUACACCAGAGUACAUGGCACCAGAGAUAUUUCGAGGAAAUUAUAAUGAGCUAGUUGACAUACAUUCUUUCGGAAUAUGUGUACUAGAGAUGGUAACUCGGGAACCCAAUCUUUAUGCGGAAUGCAGACGUAUGGAGGAGAUUGUCGAAAAGGUUAAGGCAGGUAUAAAGCCUAUCUCAUUAAGUAGGGUAACACACCCAUUGAUUAAGAAUUUCAUUGAAAGAUGUCUGGCUCCUGCAUAUAUGAGACCCUCUGCAAAUGAUCUCUUGAAUGACCCGUUUCUUGCACCCACUACUGCUGGUACAUCAACAAUACGCACUAAUUUGACUCUCAGUCUCACACAAAUACAUAUACAAUCUGAGGGUUCGCCAUUUUCUAUCACGCGUAAUCAGGUAGAUAGAUUACUAAAUCCUGAUCUUGUAAUGGAGACUUACUGUGAUAACAAGAAAUUGAAGCUACAGGGGAGAAUCAAAGACAACGGUAUAAUAAAAAUGGCCUUUAGUAUUACCAAUGAUGAACAACUUAAGCAGGUCAGAAAUUUUGAGUUUGAGUUCUCAGUCGAAACAGAUAAACCUUAUGAGUACGUUGUGGAGAACAUUGCUAUACCACUUAUGUUGUCAACUCAAGGUGUCAAGGUGGCUACUGAGAUUAUGAUACAACUAAUAGCAGAACUUCAGGGUGAAACUGUAACUAACACUUCCAAGUCGUCUCCCAGUGAUGAAUUUUUUGAUGCCCACCAAUCACCUUCUCAUCAGAAUAACAAAAUGCCUAGUUGCUUUGCUAAGAUGAUGGCAUCCGCUCGCAGGAAGUUCUAGCCCCAACUUUAUACCCGACUACAAUAUUUCACUUUUCCUUGUUAGUCUUUUAUUUUAUAUUCUGAUUCUGAAUAUGCAUACUUAGUGAGCUUUUUUUGAUACAAAAUCAGUGUUGCCUUUCAUUCUUUGCACUUAUAACUUCUCUGUAAAAUGUAGGGAGGAAGGAGGUGUAUUAUAGAUUUUUGUGGAAAUGAAUCAAUAAAAGCAAAGUUUAUCAA